GUAAACAGACAGGCGGCUGAGGUGCCAGCUGGAAAAGCGGAAAAGCAGGAAAAGUAGAAGUAGCAGCAGCAGCAGAAGCAGCAGCAGCCAGGCAAAACAACAACGUUGACGACGACGGCAGCUGCUGAGCUCAGUCAGUUAAGCGUUGGCCGCAGCGGUAACGGGUUCCGUUCGGUCCAGUUUAUACGCGGUCAACGCGGCGAAUGCGCGAUAUAUAAAGUAUACGCAACGUGGUUCUUGGCUGGAACGAUGGCAUAUGGCAGCCAUGUGUUUUUGCACGCAAAAAAUGUGACAGUUAACUGUGUCUAAAUGGAUUACCGCAUAAAACAAAAAAGUUACAAAACGAAAACAAUAAAAAUCAGGCAAAGUUAAUUGCAAAUGUCGCUUAAAAUGUGAAUAAAUCAACACGGAAAUUGCAUUUAAUUAAGAAAAACAAAGCAAAAAAAAAUUUACAAAAAAAUAAAAAACAAUUAGAAACGAAAAAGGAAACAUAAUAAAACGUUUUAAUUACGGCAAUGUCACCGACAAAUUGAAAUUGCCAGUGCAGUGACAAAUGAAAUGAAAUUAAAGCGUCUGAUAAAUUGAUUUACAAAUGCAAAACAAUUGGCAGCCGCCGAAAAAGGGGGAAAACGAGCAAAACAUCAACAACAUUGACAGCAACAACAACUAUUGGAAAAACAGCAACAACAUGCCGGCAUCAAGUGGAUUAUAUUGCAUCAAGCACGGCCGUGUCCUUGACGGGUUGCAAAAACCCGCGGCACUUAUUUUUAUUAUAGCAUACAUUGCGGCAUGCGGCAUUUGCGACCACACAGUCUCGGCCUCGGCAGCGGCAGCGGCGCCGGAGGGUGGCAGUGGACCAUCAGAAGCCUCCACAUCCAGCGCGCAGCCAUCACUGCGGCAUAUAAAUCAAAAUUUAAUUAUGUCGCAGUCCAAGGAGGCAGAGCCAGAGCCAGUGCCCGUGCCGCAGCCUUACGCUGCCCAGAGUCCUGGACCAGGAUCCAUGGCCAGCGUGGGAGGGGGUAGUAGCAGUGGCAGUGGCAGCAGCAUCACCAGCUUCGACUCCACGAAUGUGAUCGAUGACAAGCGCCAGCCCACGCCCACACACCUGCAGGAGUCACAGCAGCAGCCGCAGCAGCAUUCCCACUCCCAUUCACGCAUACAGGCAAAGGACACGGCAGGACCCUAUCCCAUACCCGUCCACCGGCCAGAGCCGCAUCCAUCGGAGAAUCAUCUGGAGGCUGGUGGAAACGGACUGGACGGGGGCCUGGACCUGUUCGGCACGCCCAUGUACUUUGGCACCGAGAACUCCACGGUGGUGACCACGCAGAUCGGGGCCACCGCCCAUGUACCCUGCACCGUCCAUCACAUUGGCGAGGGUGUGGUAUCGUGGAUACGCAAAAAGGAUUAUCAUCUGCUUACGGUCGGCUUAACAACCUACAGCAGCGAUGAGCGAUUCAGUGCCACGCACUUGAAGCAUUCCGAGGAUUGGACACUGCAAAUCAAAUUCGUGCAGCUACGUGAUGCCGGCGUCUAUGAGUGCCAGGUGUCCACCCAUCCGCCCACCUCGAUUUUCCUGCACCUGAGUGUCGUCGAAGCGCGUGCCGAAAUCUCGGGACCCCCCAUACGAUAUUUAACGCCAGGCUCAACGCUGCGACUGCAAUGCCGCGUGGUCCAGAAUACCGAGGCCUCUGAGUAUAUAUUCUGGUAUCAUGACAACCGCAUGAUUAACUAUGACAUUGAUCGGGGCAUUAAUGUGUCCACAGAGCCAGACUUUCAAUCAUCGGAGCUUACCAUUCAGCGGACACGGCGCGAGCACUCGGGCAAUUUCACCUGCGUGGCCAGCAACACGCAGCCGGCCAGCGUUUUGGUUCACAUCUUCAAAGGCGACCAUCCGGCUGCCAUGUAUCAUGGACAUGUGGGCGGCUCCACGAAGACAAUGCAGUCCCAGCUGCAUAUGAUUAUGAUAAUCAUUGCCAGCGGCUAUCGGAUAUUCCACACGAGUGUAUAUAUGAAGAUCGUGUAAAUGUCAUCAGCAUGGAGCAGUGGGAACCCCCAAAAGGAGAAGACCUAAUCUAACACUAACUUUAGUUAUUUCUCUACUACUUACUAACGGCAUCUCCCGACACAUACAUACAUACAUACAUACGUACUACCAUAUACCCUAAGCAGGGGUAUAACCUACAGCCUAAGCCAAAACUAUCAGAAUCAAACUUAAGAACUCGAAUCUCUCUACAUAUGUUAAAACAGUCGACAGGUGUGCAUGGGCUUUUUUGUGUAAGUGUGCCUGUGUGUGUGCGAGUGUUUGUGUUUCGUUAAUGUAUAAGUGCACAUGUAUUAUAUAUAUAAAAGGUAAACUUUGCAGACUACUAACAAAACUCAAGAGAGAGCGAGAGAGCGAGCCAGCGAGCUUUUAUCCUUCAGAUAUUUUUCGUCAACUCAAGGAUCUUUCGUGAAAUCCUUGCGCGGUUUACCCCCAGCCCAGCUCAAUGUUCAGAACUGACGUGCAUUUCCAAUCUAGAACUCAUAUUUUUACAAGUUAAGAACUUAGUUUCGAGGCGAGGGAGAGACACUCAAUCAUUCCGAUCUUAUUUUACGCAGCAUUGUACAGACAACCACUUAACUGAUUAAAAUGGAUUUAGCUAAAGGAAUUUGGUUUUUUACCCCAAGAGAGCCCUGAGAAUUAAGCUGUAAAUAGAUUAUUUGUUAAACUAAAAUUACAUAAAAAUAAACUACUACGGUUAAGUGAGUGUGGUUAUUUGCAGGCGAUGCAAAAAAAUUAAGUUAAAGUCAGUUUGGCGAAAAGAAGUUGUUAAUCAAAAAAGAAAACAAGAAAGGAAGAAAGGAAGAGCAAGCGAAAACGAAAACCAAACAAACAGAGUAAUCAAAAUAAACUAAUUGUCUAACUUAAGGGAUAUUUAGCAAUUUUUAAUUAGUGGACAUAACUUUUAACUGUCUUAGCAAUGGCGACUAACUAAAAAGGAGCGUUUUGGGGUGAGAGAGAUGGCCUCCAAUGAGUGUGUGUAAAUAUCGCAGAAAUGAUUUCUAGCUUGUAAGUCUGUGUAGUUAAAUGUAACGAAAAUUAACAAAAAACCAAAAAGACAGAGAAAACCAUCAAACGAAAACUGAAACAAAUAAAACAUAA